GCCAGGCGUCCUCGUAGCUACGCUGCCGCCGUACUCCGUCCCUCGUAGCCGCCUAGGAUGUGAGAGACACGGCUCGCGGCCCCGGACGAUGCUCGCUCUCCUGGGCCCCGCGGCCCUGGUGCUGGUGGCCGGGGCGACGUGGAUGCUGCCCGCAGCCGCAGGUCAGAGAUGGAGAACUGGAUAAAGCUGCCUGGGUGUCAGCACAUUAUGGACACCAAGUGUGACUUUUCUUCAGCCAACCUAGAUGUCUAUGAGGAAGUUAAGUUGCGUCUAAGAGCAGAACAAGGAAACAGCUCUUCUUCAUGGAUUGAGGUUGACUCAUUUGUGCCAUUUAAAAUAGCUCACGUUGGUCCCCCAGCAGUGCAUUUAGAAGCUGAAGAUAAGGCAAUAGUAAUAUACAUCACUCGUCCUGGAAAAGGUGGUAACAUGUGGGCUCUGGAUGAUUUGGGGUUCACAUACAGCAUAGACAUCUGGAGCAACUCUUCAGGUGUAGAGAAAACGGUUAAAACUAGCUAUCUCACAGAUAAGAUUUUUAGCCUGUUACCAGAGACUACCUACUGUUUAAAAGUUAAAGCAGUACAGAUUGGGCUUGGGAGACAUGGUGCCUAUAGUCCAGUGCAUUGUAUAAACACCACAGUGGCAAAUAAGGUGCCUGCACCAGAAAAUGUGAAAGUAUAUGCUGACAGUAAGAACUACGUUCUGACAUGGGAUUACGCAUACACAAACGUCACCUUUAAAGCUCAGUGGCUCCUUGCCUACUUAAAGUUGUCUCCUGGGAACUAUUCGGAUAAGUGGAGACCCAUACCUAGCUGUGAAAAUGUCAGAACAAUGCGCUGUGUCUUUCCUCGAGAUACUGUCCCAAGAGGAAUUCUCUUUCUUCAUGUACAAGCAUCAGAUGGGAAUAACACAUCCUUUGGGUCUGAAGAGAAAAGAAUCAGUUGUGAUGAAUACACCGUCAUACCAACUCCGGUUGUUGACAUGAAACCCACUAGUGAUUCGCUGUUUGUCUCUGUCCGUUCUAUAGACAAUUCCAGGUGCAAGUUUCAUGAACUAGUUUAUGAAUUUAUUUUUUGGGAAAACACUUCAAAUACUGAGAGAACAGAGGUGAAAAAAAUCCCCACGCUUACUCUGCAUAACCUACAACCCCUGACAGUGUACUGCUUGAAAGCCAGAGCGCUCGUGAUUUCCAUAGGGAAUAAUAGCAGUGAUUUCAGCAACACUGUAUGUGAGAAGACAACACCAGGAAAUUCUUCCAUAACCUGGAUUAUACCUGGAGUUUUUGCCAUUGCAGUUUUUGUUGUCAUUGUUGUGAAUAUCCUCCUGAACUGUCUCAAGUAUAUAUUCUUUCCAUCACUGAAACCUCCUCUCAGCAUCGAUGAGUAUCUCUCUGAGCCACCUUUAAAGCAUCUCCUUCUUUUGACGUCUGAGGAGCAAACUGAAAAGUGUUUUAUCGUUGAGAACACAGACAAGCUUGUUGUGGGAGAAGAAAAGAACACACCUGAUGAUGAUCACAAAAGGUACACAUCCCAGACAAGCCAAGAUUCAGGGAACUAUUCCAAUGAGGAAGAGAAUGGGGCCAGUGAGUCCAGCGGGGGCUUUUAGGAAGCCAUGCCUCCAAGAGACACUCCCUGCUAGGGCAGGCUCCUUACUCCUCCCAGUGACCACAGAGGGUAUCUGCUGCUCUGAAAGGAAAAGGCAUCCACAGAUCACUGGCCCUAAAGUGCAGGCAAGCACUUAACUGGUUAAAAAUUGAUUCCUGAAGUCUGGAGAACAGUCUUCUGCAUCUUGUCAUCCAGCAGGUGGCUACCAACUUUCUGAUGAUGGCUCAGUUCCUAUGGUGCUGAAUGGUUUGUGCCACAGAUCGGCAGGUUACGGCACAUGCCGUCUGUCUGUUCUCUAUUCUGUGUUACCUCUUGAUUUUUCAGGAGACAUUUGGAACACAUGGCUCUUUAAUACUGAGGUAGCUCCCUAGCAGACUGACUUAGGCAGCCCAGUACCAUCAUCAGAUUCAAAACAGGGUCUGUUUUACUAUACAUCAACACUUCGUUAGCCAUCAAUUCUUAGAACAGUAGCUUUUGAUUAGAAUUUGUAGUCACUGAAAUCAAGUGGAAGGAGGGAAGGUCCCUGUCUGAUUGGAGGAGUCAUUGUUAGGUUUUAAGAGCUCACAAUGUGUUCUGAUUAAGCACUUGUACUCAGGUAGUUGUGGGACCCGAAAAUGCCAGUGACAGAAAGACAGUGGGAAGUGGACAGAGGUGAGUGAAUGUGCUGGAAAAAACUAUGUUGGUUUUUAUUAUUUGUGUCAUUUGUGAUAUACCAGGUCGACUCCCCACAGUCAGGUUCCCCUUCUCAGCCUCCAUGUACUAAAAAAAAAUCAAAAGCAACAAAACCAAAGUAUUUAAUAUGAAUAUGAAGGAAAAACUGUUUUAAUUACAUAGUUAGUUGCCAUUUGAGAUUCUCCAUGUCUUUUGUAGACAGGAAGUCUAGGACUCCUGUGGCCUUGGGGACAGAGUUCUCAGUUCAUUUGUUGCAGCAGGAUCUAUGAACAAGAAAACGUGCACAGAGGGCCCUUCAGGCAUGAAGGCCAGCUAGACUCUUAGUCACAUGUGCUGAAGAAUAGUCUGCCUAGUGGAAGAUCAGAAGACUGUGAUGCCCUGCACAUCCUAGGCACAUAUACAAGCCCACACACAACACCUUGUGUUCCUGGCCCUAGUGCCACAAGCUUCUAAGUCAUCCUAGUGGAGCAUAAUGAGCAUAGGGCCAGGAAGCCCAACUGACCUGGUUCCUGCUGUAGAGUCCUUACAGUGACCCCACCAUACCAGAGACACUUGGUUUAAAAACACAGCUUCUGGGGCUGAAGAGGUGGCUCAGCAGUUAAGAGCACUGACUGCUCUUGAAGAGGACACGGGUUUGAGUCCCACCACCCACAUGGCGGCUACAAACCGUCCUUAACUCCAGUUCCAGGGGAAUCCGAAGCCCUCUUCUGACCUCCUCAGCAUUGCACCACGCGGGUGCACUCACUUACAUGCAGGCAAUACACUCAGACACAUAAAAUAAUAAAAAUAAUAAAUUUUUUUAAAAAACCACAGCUUGUGAGUUGUCCAGGCAUUUGCAAAGGCCUUGUCACUUUGAAAGUUGCCUCUGCCUGCCACUGCAGCUUUGCCCACUGUGCAACUUUAAUUAUCCUGCCCAGCUCUGUGUUUAGCAUAAGAAAAGGCCCUCAGACAGGACAGCCUAAAAAGAAACAAGGCCUUUGUAGGAUGUGGAGAAGGGACAAUGAGACUGUUUGUUCCCUAAGAAGUGAGAACACAGGUCUUGGGGGGGGGGGGGGGGGUGAGACCCUGCGGUUUCCAAUGAGCAAGUUUCUGAGCAGCAGCAGCAAAAGAUAGGAAGGGGUUCCACUUUCAUCUUGUCUCCAGACACCAAGGUAUUCCCUUCCCCAUCCUACAUGGCGGGCCACAUGGUGCUUCAUUGCAGUGUGCCGCUUACUUAUAAACUGACAGGAUUUUUUCUGAACUGUCAUUGUGCUUAGAAAUACCAUGCACUUGGGCCAGGUGUGGUAGCGCACACCUCUAGUCCCAGCACUUGGGAGGCAGAGGUAGGUGGAUCUCUGAGUUCAAGGCCAGCCUGGUCUACAUACUCAGUUCCAGGCCAGCUGGGACUACAGGGAGACCCUGUCUCAAAAAGACCGAAAGAAAAAAAGAAAUACUAUGCACUUAAGCACACCAAUAAACUGCCUGAGAUGGUAUUGCUAGCUCUUGGAGAAGCUGAGAGCCAUCUAAGGUUUAUGUGAACAAUAUUCUAGGUAAAAUGUAUGUACAUAUAUCAAUAGUGACAGACCUACAAGUUAUAUAUACAUAUACCUACACAUGAUGUGGGCUGUAUUCCAUUACUAUUGCCAUAAGGCACUUACUAAGAUAGAUUCUAAAAUUAGAAAUGCUGUGCUGGACUUUAAACUUUGAAAUUUGACCAGAUAUUUGUAACCUAUAAAAAAGUUUGUUUACAGUAUUCUUUACCUACCUGUGCUCCUAACUGCCCUGGAGUUUGAGACCAGCCUGAGGAACAUAGCAAGACAUCAUUGUCUUGAGUAAUGUACAGGUGUAGAUACAUGUGUGCAUGUAUGCAGAUAUGUAUAUAAAAUGUAGAGCCCACCAGAGGCUGUGAUGUUUAUUAAAACAGCCUCAUAUUUCUCUCAGGAGUCGGGGGAGAUGUUGCAGAAACUUCCCCACCCCACUCUAGCCUUGCAGCUACCUAACAAGUAUUUUCUCUGGUGUCUGUCUUCCCCACUGAAGCAAAAGCUCUUUGAGACUAGGGACUUUUUAAUUCAUCACUGUGUCCCCAGCACCUUUAAUAAUGCACUACUUUGCAUAUAGAAACAGCUCAGAAAAUACUUAAUGAAUGAGAUCUGAAAUUGAACCAGGCGGUGUUUCUGAUAGUGUUUGUUUGUAGAAGGAAAUAAUCAUGUUUUCAGUGUUUGUGCAGCAAUUUUGUAUCUGAGUUCAUUUGUAUUUUUUGUCUUAAACUCUAUUGUUGUAAAAUAAUUUUACAUAAUAAAACUAGAACCAAAAUUC